AUGUCUGGCUCCAAAGAGUCCCAGGAGGCCAAAAACCAGAAGGAGAUGGAGAACCAGAAGAUGGAGAUUGGUGAGUGUCGCUGUCUCCCUGGGGGCUGCGUGCGCAAGCAGAUCGUGGGAUGCGAUGCCAGGGUCUUCUUUGUCUUCUUCUCCUGUGACCAUGGUGACUCGGCAGAGGAACUGCAUGCAAGGAACGAGAACCAGAAGAUGGAGAUUGAUGACAUCAAGUUUGAUGCGGACACAGCCCAUCCAAACCUGUCUAUUGCUGUGGACAAGAAGAGUUUUACGUACAAAUCACAGGCCCAGAAAGUGACUCAAAAUAAAGGGAGGUUUGAUUCAUCUGUUUGUGUGCUGGGCUCAGAAGGUUUCUCCUCUGGGAAGCAUUACUGGGAGGUGGACGUUGAAAACAGCAAUGACUGGGACCUGGGAGUAGCCAGGAAAUCCACUCCGAGGAAAGGAGUAAUGUCUCUGUCACCUAAAGAAGGAUUCUGGGCUCUGGGAUUAAGUUUUAAAGGUUACUGGGCAAGAACUGAACUAUGGACACGGUUAGCAGUGCAGAAAAAUCCCAAGAAAGUCGGAGUUUACCUUAACUGUGAAGAGAAAACUUUGACUUAUUUCAACGUUACCGACAUGUCUGUGAUGUUCACGUUUAAAGACUGUGCAUUCUCAGAAGAAGUUUAUCCAUUCUUUAAAAGCUCACACAAAGAAUCAAGCAUUAGAAUUUGUUCAGUUAAAGAGGAAUAA